AUGGAGGCCCGACUUGGCUCGGGAGCUUUUAUGGUGGUGUACAGGGCAUCCUGUCCUCAGCAUUUUGGCGACACCUCCCUUGCCGUCAAACGGAUCAAGAUCUCGCUUCCUCGGUGGGAAUCGGAAGUAAGUGGGUAUACUGGCGAGCUUCGGGAAAUGCUGGAUCUCAUGUCCCUGGAGCUCAGGGUGCUAUCCAACGGCCUGCUACGGCAUCACCCAAACGUCAUCCGCUUGCUCGGAAUAUCCUGGGAGGAAUUAUCCAUUCGACAACUGACGCACGAAGAGAGCGCAUCGGGUUCGGAGCAGCCUCCUCCCUCAAUUGCCCCAGUCCUCGUACUGGAGCGAGCCUCUUGCACCCUAAGGGAACUGUACAAUGACGUCGCGCGACAAGUACGUCCACAACUGUCCCUUGACGAUAAAGUGUCCCUCUGGUGUGACGUGGCCAAUGCUCUCAAUGCCGUGCAUUGGCUGGGUAUUAUCCAUGGCGACCUGAAGCCCGAAAACAUAUUGAUCUUUCAGCACCCCACGACUGGCCAGGUGACCGCAAAACUGUCUGAUUUCGGAGGAUGCCAGCCUCUACCUGAUGAGGAUGGUACAGGCGUCGAUUAUCGUCUCCGGGGGACUGAGUACUGGAAUGCACCGGAGUCUUACGAUGAAACCAGCCCUUACUUUAGGCAAGUCCUCCGCGAUUAUUACUCUUUCGGUAUGGUGGGCGCGUACAUACUCUUUGAAGAAGAGUUAUUUGGGACCCCUAGAGAACGUGCAAUCGAGGAAAGGGCACAGAUGCGGCGUUUAAAACAGAGCCAUCAAUCCAUGGUUUGCCUGAUUGAGGCAAUGCUUCGAAGGCGUCUGAAGUUUGUGGAAUCCGUGCGUGCUCAAGGGCGUUGUCGUCGCUACCACAACAUGAUGAUCUGUUGCAGAGAUUUAAAGACAGGUGCAACCAGCCAUUAUUAUCUCGAAGGACCUUCGUCAAGUUCAGAUGGUGGAUCGGCACGACAAUCGCGCCUUUGUAAUGUGCUUCGCUAUAACCCAGUUUCUACACUCGGGUCCGGAGAUGACUUGAAGGACCUGAUAGAAGACAUAAAAAUUGGAGAGAGCCUUGCGAUGGUAUUCGGAGCAAGUAGUUGGCAGUUGUUCCUCCAGGUAGUCAACGAGGGGAUGAGCAUCUGGAAUAUUAGUGCGAUCGGGCAGGGUGACAAGGAGAACGUGCGCCCUCGCUUGCACUGGUUUCGAAGAGUGCCCACUACCGUUAGUCCGAGUGAUCAUAUGCUAGCCUCUGCCUACUAUGACGCCAUACCUCGAAGUCUCCGGGAGGAGCUCAUGGGGCAGCUUGCAAGAAAAGUCGAGACAACUGAAGGCACAGAAAGAGCGGAUUAUCUCGUUUCCUUUAUAACUUCGAAAAUGCUGCAGAGCAACGUAGCUAGAGAAGAAUCCACAAUUAUUCUCACGGAGGCUGCACGACUGGGUUCUAUUAAUGCAAAGUGGGCACUGAACGUCUGGGGCUUCGCGUUACCCGCAGACGAGCAAUCACCCGAAGACUGUGAAAGAAACAGAUGGAUUUUGGAGCUUGUGCUCGGGGAACAAGAAUGUGCUUUCCGCCUCAUUGGCAAACUUCAGCAGGCUAUACCCGAGCUACUAUCUCAGACGCCUCUGUUCGAGGACCUGAGGGCCGAGCUCCGAGCAGCAUCGCAUAUUGACCGUUUAGCUCCAGAUCUGGGCAAUUCACCGUUUGCACAUGCCAUGCAGGCGAUAGCCGAUGGCAACAUCAGUCGUCUACGCCGAGUCGUCGAGAGCCAUAUGAAUACCGUGUUGAGCGAAAGAUUUGGGGGGCACGCAUUACUGCAUGUAGCAGCCAGACUCGGUCAACCCGAGUCCGCUCUAUCUCUUGUUCGCGAGUACAAUGUUGAUAUAGAUCUACUGACUGACGACAGGCUGACUGCGCUUUCGCUUGCUACCAUCUACGGGAAUACCGAUACUUUGUACGCAUUAGUCAAUACUGGAGCGAAACUCCAGUACGUCCUCACUCCGCGCAUACUCCGACUUGUCGCAAAUGACGGACUAAGUACCACGCUACGGCUGUUGGAGCAUAUGUUCCAUGCGCAGAGGGAGCUUCUUGGGAUUGAGGGAUACAAGCGUAAGAAUGUUGAUGAAGCUGAACUCGUUUCCAUGCAGGCUUUUCUGGACUGCGAGGUUCCCGCUGCACUAGACGAUCAGCCCCCACUGGAGCCCAAGUUCAGUCCACUCUGCGCAGCUAUACUAGGAGACAAUGCUGCGUGUCUCCAGACGUUAUUGGAGAUGGGGUGUUCUACAACAGUAUAUGCACCCUUCGCGUCGAGGUCCACGAUAGCGUCGGAGAGUGUCGUCUUUCCCCUGGCACCUAUCCAUCUCGCAGCGUCCCAACUACGUCCGUGGCAUCUUGCGAUACUGCUCUAUUACAGUAAGAGCCCGGAACUCUGCACGGACGACGAGUACAGACAGGUUCCAUUGCACCUGGCCUGUACGGCCUACCGAAGAGUCGUAUAUAAAUAUCCCGAUGUCGUCUCAGCGGAUCAAGAGUCUCCUUCCCCGGACAACAUUGACCCUGCGUAUAUGAUCUGCACAAGGCUCUUCAUGAUACGGAUUCUUGUCAAGGCAUACGGUGCCGAUGUUGAUGCCCAAGACGCAAAGGGUCGUACGGCGCUAUUCUUCUGUAUGGCGAUGCCGCAUUGCCUUCCGGUAAUGCGAUAUCUCGUGCAUGACAUGAAGGCGGAUGUCCGAGUCAAAGACUACAUAGGCCAGACUUGCCUUCAUCACGCUGCAGUCUUGUGUCCUGAGCCAGAGUAUCUUGAAUUUUGCGUCACGGCUGGUUGCGAGAUCAAUGAGCGAGAUCACCGCGGGGCUACGCCUCUAGUAUAUGCUGAACGGAGAGAGGAUAAGUGCUUUGCGCAGUUGUUACGCAAAUAUGGGGCGGUUCUAUAG